AUGGCAGUUUUGGCGCUGAAGGUUGAAUCACGCAAUGAAGACCUGUUGGCCAAACUUUAUUCAGAAGAGAAGAUCGAGCAGCUGAAAGCUGAGUUGGACGCGCUCAAGUCCAUGUCCCAGAGUCUGCCGCAUGGAAUCUUUGGCUAUUUGACCACCACAGCGGAGGAGCAAAUGCAGGCACACUUGCGAGCUCUUAGCGCACUGAAGGACUACAACAAUCUCAAAGAUGCAGUGAAUCACAGAAUCACAGAGAAUGUCCAGGACGGCUUGGAUGGAGUCAGCGGGGGAAACUUCGAGGUUGCUGGAAGUGUCCUGCGGUUCAAACAUUUGAUUGAAGGCCGAUUACGAGACCAUUUGAGACCCCAUGCCCGGAGUGAAAUGAAUCGCUUUGAGAAGGAAGUUCAGAAGUUGCUCUUGAACAAGCUACUAAGCCUGCUGAGGGCCUUAAGUGAUGGACAGGACGUGCGAAGAGCAAUAGUGGACCUGGGACACUUUUUGGACUUCUUCCGGCAUGUAUCGUCUUUCAAAUUUGACAGAACACGAUUUCAUGAUGCUUUGCACGACUUUGUGGACGGGCAACGGAGAAGAUUGGAGCAGGCCAUUUCCAGCUCAUCAGUGGAAGAAGCCAUCAACGCAACCCUUGACUUGCAGGCGCUGUUCUUGAUUUUAGCAACCAGAUUUUCGCCCUACAAGCGAAAUGUUGAAGACUUGCGGAUGCGAAUGAAAAACAAAGAGAGGUGGCAGCGGCUUGUUGAAAUCCUGGAGAAGACCAUCGGUGAAAACGAACUUGAGGAUCUCUCCAGGAUGGGUGAGCACUUUGCUGUUCUAGAAGUACUUCCAUCAAUGCCUUUUCGAGAUGGUGAGAUCCAGCUACCAACCAAGGAAGAAGUUAAGCGCGCAUACAUCAAGCAGAGCAAGCAGUACCACAUGGACAAGCAAUACCUUCCGAACAGGCAGCAAGCCCGGAUCAGUGCUUCAGUGAGACAGACGAUGAUGCCGAAGGUGACUGGCGCAUUUGAAUUUUUACAAGGCGAUGCCAACCGUGAAGGGUUUGGCAAUCGAAUCAAGGGACUUUUCUUGGACAAGUUGCAAGGUCUCAAUGACAAGUUGCGAUUUUGCGUGGAGAAACUUCUUGAGGAGCAGAAGUAUGCGAAACUCAGGGUGAUGCUGCAAGACUUGCGGCAUGUUGAUCCCAGGCUGGCCUGCAAGAUGAGAAUCUCCAUUGAUCGGCUGAAGAAGAGCAUCCAGGACCAUGUGAUCGACGAAGUGCGGAAGACCAAAGAAAGCGUGCAAGCCAAGUGGCAAGCAGGAUUUCUGCGAGAGCUGAAUGAAGAUUUGUCCAAGUUGAAGCAGAUCAGCCAAGAGCUUGCUGCGUAUCCUGAGAUCGUGCCAGACAAUUUGAUCCAAGACAUAUCGAAAAUUGUGAUUGAAGAGAUUGUGGCGGAGGGUCGAAAAGCUCAUGUGUGCAUCAGCAGUUGUGAAUCUCGACAAGAGGCGAUGGCAUGCAUCUUGCAGUUUGGAGGACAUCUCAUUGCAUUGGGCCGCAUUUGCCACCAUUUGCGAGACUUCAAACUCAGGGCUGAAGAACAGAUAUCUCAUGCCCUCACUCUUUGCUACGAGAAGAGGUGGGGUGCGGACUUUCUCCUUCAGUUGGGCAUGAGCUUGGGCAAGGGCAAAAUCGGGGAUCCUAAUACGGAUGAUGACACGGUGGCAAAGCACUUGUUGAGUUCCUUCUCGCAACUCAGUGAUGCCCGAACGGUCAUGUUCAACAGGGAGACCAGUGUCACACGGAAGGACAUAAAGCAGACAUUGCAAGAAGUCUCUUCCUGGAAUGUUGGGGCAAAUGGCCGGAAGGAACGACAACUUGCCAUCCGCAAACUGCAAGAGGGUUGGGAAGAGUACGACCGCCUAUUUGAUGAGUAUUUGAAGAAAUGGAUUGCCUCAGAGCUGACGCAAGAGCAGUUGACUCACCAGAUCAUGGCAACUGCGGCCCAGCUGCGUGCACAGAGCGGAGGCCAAUGGACUUCUGAAGUGAAAGCAAAAAUUCCGGAGCUACUUGCGGGGAUCUUCGCGCUUUACGCGAUUCUCAGAUCGGGCAAGGCAUACAUUUCCGCGCUUGCAAGUGCUACCAACGACGAGGAGAAGACUGAAGAUUUGCUCAUCAAGCCCCACAGCGUCCAGAUCCUGACGCUGCUGUGCCUAACCGGCUUCAGCAACCAGCGAAUUGAUCUGGAGAAUCACGUGAUGCAAAUCCGCACAGGUGAAGGGAAGUCGAUAGCACUUGGAGGUGGCGCAGCACUUCUGGCUUUGCUGGGCUUCCGAGUUCGCUGCAUUUGCUAUUCGAAGUACCUCAGCCAGAGAGACGAGAAUGCCUUCAGCAGCUUGUUCGCCGAGUUGCAGCUGCAGAAUCAUGGCUCCGAACGCAUUGUCUACAGCACUAUCACGGAGUACAGUCCCUUAGUUGACAGAUUCAUCACUAUUCAUCGCUGCCUGUUGGUGAGGGUAGGUGCUUUGAUUUCAGGGUAG